ACUCGCGACACACUGUGAUGCGCUCAGCGAGCUGGACGACUCGGGCAUGACUUGUGGCCCCCUAACGCACCCGUGCCGAGCCGUGAUCUAUUAGUGGGGCCCUCUCUGCCGGUGCGCCUGGUGAGUGACUGCAGCCAGGGGUCGGGCUGGAAUUGCUGCUCUGAUGAAGCGAAGCGAAGCAAGGCGCUGAUGACUCGUACAGUAGCUACAGGUACGAGCCUUGUGCGGUAAACCGACUACAUAAUGGCGCCACCAUUCCCUAUCAACCCGGCGGCCAUCCCGAUUGUGGCGACACGGAAGGCGCUUCUAGUCCUCGACUUUCAGAACGAUUUCCUGUCGCCCGAUGGCGUUUUGUACGUGGAGGAGCCCGAAGGGUUCGUCGACCGCACGCUGGAACUGGUGAAGGUGUUCCGCGACUCGGGCGCCGGCGAUGUGAUCUGGGUGCGCAGCGAGUUCGAGCAUCACCGACCCGUGAUGGCCGAGGGCGACCAGAUUGUGACGUCGGAGGCUAUGGUGCGCCCUCAACGGGCGACGCCGGCUCGAGGCCGUCAGCCCGUUUCUGAGGUGCAUGACAGCGCAGUGAUGGAGGCUGACGAGGAGGCCUUCCUCAGUGUUGGCCCGGACGGCGACAAGAAGCCUCCCUGUGUCCGCAAGGGCAGCUCAGGGGCUAAUCUGCCCCCGCAUGUGCAGGCGGCCGUGGACUCGCGCCGGGACAUCAUCUUCACAAAAACCCACUACAGCGCCUUCGCCGCGUCGGGCCAGCAGCAGCUGGUGCAGAUCCUCCGGGGCCGGUUCGUGACGCAGAUGUACAUGUGCGGUGCGCUGACCAACAUCAGCGUCUAUGCGACGGCGCUGGACGCAGGGCAGCACGGGUACGACAUGACCAUAGUAGAGGACUGCUGCGGCUACCGCAAGGCCAUGCGCCAUAUCAACGCUGUGCGCCAGCUUGUGCAUCUGACGGGCAGCGAGAUGAUCAGUUCCGAAGCGCUGCUAACCGAAUUGCAACCUCCGACCGCGGCGCCAAGCCAGUCCACAGGCCUAUCACCGUCCAUUUCAGGCAUGGCUCUGAGCAUGGACCGCAGUGGGUCUCCCGGCCGGUCCCGGUCCCCCGCGUCAGCGCCCCAGCGCGCCCCCGCCUCGCCAAGAGUCCCACUGUCGCAGCCGGAUCCGGAUCGCCGUCAGCCCAAGGCAGCUGCCCCGCCCCGCCGUGUGCCUUCGAAGCGGAGUAACCCUGAUGAGGAUACUAAACGGUCGCCAAAGCAUAUCGAGGCCUUGACAUCAGACUCAGACUCGGACUCAUCAUCACCAGCCAGUGACUCACCGCGUCAGAAGCAGGAAAAGAACACCAAAGAAACGCACGGAAGCAAGCAGGCUGCUGCUGCCGCUAACCAGAGCGAGCGCGAGAGCUCAAAAGGUCCGGCCCACGUUCCCGGGUCAGCUAGCGCUAAACCUGAGAAACACAGGAAAUCUGAUAAAGAGACGCCGUCGUCGCCGGUCCAAAGAUCUACCUCAUCAGCACCCUCAUCACCUGAUCCCCAAUUACGGGGCGCGGCGGUCGAGAAACCAACGACAAGUUGCGCGACCACAGCAGCAACCUCUCUUGAUCCCAAAUCGGAAGACCAUUCGCACAUGGCAGACCAACAUCCAGCCCGUGUUGUCUCUGAGCCGCUGUGCGAGGGCGACACGACCGUGAUUACGGAUGUCCUACCCCCCGCCCUCGCCGCCAAUGCCUUUGAGCGUCUGCUCGACGAGGUCAGCUGGUCCGGCAUGUCGCAUCUAGGCGGCGAGGUGCCGAGACGCGUCGCUGUGCAGGGUUCCGUCGACGACGACGGCAGCAUGCCGGUGUACAGACACCCGUCCGACGAAUCCCCGCCGCUGCUGCCUUUUUCGCCCACCGUGCUGCAGAUCAAGCACGAGGUCGAGAGAAACCUCGGCCACCUGGUAAACCACGUGCUGAUCCAGCACUACCGCAGCGGCAACGACUACAUCAGCGAGCACAGCGACAAGACGCUCGACAUCGUCAAGGGCAGCUUCAUCGCCAACGUCAGCCUCGGCGCCGAGCGCACCAUGGUCUUUCGCACCAAGCGCCCGCCCAAGGAAGACACGUCAUCAAAACCAGACGAGACCAACCCAGGCAGCGACACGGAAAAGGCGAGGCGCCAAAUCCAGCGCGCCGCCCUCCCGCACAACUCGCUCUGCCGCAUGGGCCUCACGACCAACGAGCGCUGGCUGCACGCGAUCCGGCAGGACAAGCGCUCGGACCGCGACAAGACGCCCUCGGAACUGUCCCACGGCGGCGCCCGCAUCAGCCUGACCUUUCGGCGGAUCGGCACUUUUCUCGACGAGUCGCAAUCGCGCAUCUGGGGCCAGGGUGCUACUUCCAAAACAAAGGAAGGUGCACGGCCGGUCGUCAACGGGCAGACCCCCGACGCGGUGCGCUUGCUAAGGGCGUUUGGCGCCGAGAAUCACGCCAGCGAGUUUGAUUGGGAGGGGCAUUACGGAGAGGGGUUUGAUGUCCUCCACAUGGGCGUUCCGAAACGCGUCUUCUAUGCUAGUGGUGCCGGUGUGGAUCAGCUGGGUAACGUCCGCGUUGCGUUGGCGCUGGCUGAGUUGGGGGUAGGCGCUGCGAGGGGCAGCGUUGAAGCUGCAGCCGGAACCGGGGAUGACAUCGGUGGCGGGGGGGAUGUGAGGUUUGAGGACAAUGACCCGGGUCGCACGGCUGUGCAUGGCCAUGCUACUGUUCUGCGGUAUCUUGAUGCUGUGUAUGGCGCGGGGAGGCGGUAUGACCAGCUGCUCCCUGCCGAGGUGGGGAGGAGGUUUGAGAGGUUGCAGAGGGGGUUGGAGUUGUUGGGGAAGUGGCGGUGUGUGUGGAAGGCGGUUGCCGGUGUACAACAGGGACUGGAGCCUGAUGAUGCUGGGGACAAGCAACUGCAGCAGCAGCCGCAGCAGCAACAAGGGGCAGCCGCCAGAGUCAGGGCCAGCGAGGAGCUGAGCAGCAAGGUCGCGAAGCUGCUUGCGAAAGAACUGGCUGGUUGGGAGGCGUGGGCGAAAGAAGCUGCUUCUGCUUCCAUCCUUGGCGUCUCCAAACCAGCACCCAAACCUAAAGCGAAGCCGGAGGAGAAGGAUGGUGAUGCUGAUGAGGAACAGCAACAGCACCAGCAACAGAGCGUGUUUUACAUUGCCGGCGGGACCCACCCGUCGCCAGCCGACUUUGCGCUGUGGCCUGUCCUGCACGACAUGGUGCGCGUUUGUGGCGAGGGGGUCCUGCUUGUGGGCGAGCGCGAACAUGAUGAGUCGUAUCUGAGGAGAUAUUAUGCUGCCUUUAGAGAGAGGAGUGCUGUGGCUAAGGUCGUGGCGCAGUUCAAGCUGGAGUGA